UAACAAGAAAGGUUGGUACAGCUUCUCUGUAUUCUAACAGAAGCGAUAAAUGACCAAUGUGAUUUUCACCCGUAACGUUAAUUUGAAGGGCUUCGUUUUUGUGAUCAAAAGACUGACUUGGAGACAUGGUAACGUGAUACAAGGAAAACGGGCUAGCUAGCUGGCUAAACAGGACCCUCGUUUGGUUUGGAGCAUUUCUUGAGAAUAUCUCAACUCAACGAUGUCUACUUCAAAUUUCAAGAAUAAGUGUGUUACGCAAGUCAACUGUGUAUACUGUGACAGUCUGCUGUGUAUGAGGGGCAUGAAAGCAGUACUUUUGGCUGAUACGGAAAUAGAGUUAUUCUCAACCGACAUACCCCCAAAUAGGACUGUUGAUUUUGUGGCAAGCUGCUAUUCCACUGAAAGCUGCAAAUGCAAGUUAAGAGACAUUGCUUGCUUGAAAUGUGGGAAUGUUGUGGGAUAUCAUGUGGUGGCCCCAUGCAAGCCCUGUUUGCUCUCCUGCAACAAUGGUCACUUCUGGAUGUUCAACAGUGAAGCUGUGUCCACCAUCAAUAGACUGGAUGCAACAGGGCAGAACCUUCUGCUGUGGGGUGAUCUACCAGAACUGGAGGACAGCGACGAUGAGAGCCUGGAGAGUUUCUCAGAAGAAGAGUACCUCAGAUAGAAACGCACAUGGCCAAAGGAAGUAGACUCUGACGGUAGCGAACUACUUUGCUUUCACUCGCACAGAUCUCCGUUUAAAGCACAUUGUCUUGUCUUUAGCUGACUGGGAAAAGGCAAAAGUUCAAAAAGCUCUUUAUCAUAGCUUGAUUCAUAUGCAUUCUUUUGCUAUUUUCUUUUAGCAUCUUCUAAGAUUAGUUUGAGUAUUUCAAAGUGCCACUACCAAAGAAACAUGUUUCUGUUUUCUUUGCUUUAUGGUCACAGUAGCACAGUACGUGAUGACUGGACUUUAAGAUUUAUGAUGUUAGCCUUGUGUCUUUAUAGAGCAUUCACAUAUUUU